CGUGAACGCGCUUCAUCAACAGUUUGCACGAGCGUCAUCUGUUCAACCAACGAGUCAAUCCUCAGGGGCUUAGACAGAGUCGACCACCGUGUUUAGACAGAGCGCUUCUUCUCCCAGGGCCUUUUAGUCUCGUGAGCUGCAGCAGAAGACUUCGCCACACACGGAACCAGCAGCGAUCUAUCAGCUCACCCCCGAGGUUUCUGCCCAGGCCUCCAUGUUAGCAUCUCAUCAACAGCAGCUGCAACGACUUACCUCGCUCACUGAGGAGAUGGUGAGGAUGCUACAAGCCCUUUGCGUCACCAUGCCUGAGUCCAGCAUUCCUCCAUCCGUUCCGUCACAAACGGUUCCCAGUCACUCGUCGACCAGCCCACGUCUGGCUUUCCCCGAGAAGUUUGACGUCUCACUGGAAAGAUGUAAGGGCUUUCUAUUACAAUGCUCCAAGUUUGUAGAUCAACAACCGCAGUUAUACCCCACCAACGAUAGUCGGGUUUCAUUUGUUUGCUCUGUUAACUGGACGAGCGCUUGACUGGGCCACUGCUGCUUGGGAAGGGAGACUGCUGUCAUUCCCAUCAUUUGAAGGCUUUCUGAGACGUUUUCGAGCAUUCAGCGGGCGGAAAGGAGCCUGGCGAGCAGUUACUCGCUCUGCAACAGGGACGAAGCACGGCUGCGGAUUAUGCUCUCUCAUUCCGCACUCUCUCAGCACAGUCAGGAUGGGAGGACGAACCACUUAAACUGCUGUAUCGCAAGGGACUCACGGUCGAGUUACAGUCGGAGCUCGCCUGCCGUGAUGAGGGGAGGACCCUCAAACAGUUUGAGCUCUCCAUCCGCAUUGAUAAUUUAAUGCGGGCACGACGUGCUCCUCGUCCAUUUUCUGUGUAUUCUCCAGCGGUCACAGCUUCCGUUGAAUUGGAACCUAUGCAGAUUGGUUUCACUCGUCUCACCGAGGAGGAACAAGAGGGAAGAAUGCGGAAUCGUCUCUGUCUCUACUGCGGUCUAUCCGGCUAUAUGAGAGCCUUCUGUUCUACCUGACCUGCCGCUCGAGGUUACGCUACGGUGAGUGCCACUCCUGAUUCCAUUAACGGUUUAGAAGUUCCCAUUGCUCUAACGUUUAAUGAUAAGUGCACGGAGACCGUAGCAUUGAUAGAUUCGGGGGCUGCGGGGAAAUUCAUUGACAUAAGGUUUGCCAAUACUCAUAGCCUUCCUCUUGUUCCAUGUGAAUCCCGGGUGGCAGUGGCAGCCUUAGAUGGACGUCCUCUGGGCACAGGACAGAUCAAGUUCAUAACCCAGGAUCUGUGUUUGCGAACUGGCAUACUUCACACGGAAACCAUCCGCCUAUUUGCUAUUGACUCUCCUCUGAAUCCCACCAUCCUGGGCCUGCCCUGGCUAGAAAGACACAACCCCCGGAUCUCAUGGAUGACUAAACAGAUACUACAAUGGUCUGACUCCUGCCAACAGAAUUGUUUGCUCACCAGCCGAUCGCACUCCUCUCCCCGACCAGCCCAGAUAACCGAUGAUACCCUCUGAGUACCAUGACCUCGCUGACGCUUUCAGUAAGACCAAGGCCUCACAACUUCCUCCUCACCUGCUCAUGUGCACCUUCAAUGCGCCAUCCGCAGGGUCAAGGAACAGGCCAACCGUCACAGGAGGUCAGGUCCCGCUUACACCCCAGGACAAUGGGUCUGGCUCUCCACAAGAGACCUUCGCCUUCGGCUCCCGUGCAAGAAGUUGAGUCCCAGCCCGCCGGCUGUCCGAGAGGAGAGAGGGACCAGGAGGAGGCCGUGAACGAGAGUCCCCCUCCCAUCAGGCGUACCAGGUACAGGAAAUCCUGGACUCCCGACGCCGGGGCAUGUUACUUCAAUACCUCACUGACUGGGAGGGGUAUGGUCCUGAGGAAAGAUCGUGGGUUAAUUCUCAGGAUAUCCUGGACCCUUGACUCAAUACGAAAUUCCAUAGAACCCACCCUCACAAACCAGCCCCUCGCUCCCGUGGAAGGCCUCGGCGUCGUUCACCUCCUCGUUUCAGGAGCCGCUCGCAGGCGGGGGGCUCUGUCACAAAUCAGGCCUCUGUGGCUCUCUCCGACGGCCUCUGGAGGGCACCCUCUCCCGAGUACUAGCGUUCUUGGACUACAUUUCCCAUAAAACCCCAUACCUGAGACUGAUUACUGGCACAGGUGUUUCUCCUUAGCUUCCCCAUUUAAAUAGCUCCCAGACUCUCAGUAUUCGUGAAGUCUUGUAUUGCCCCAGCUACAUUUCUGAGCGUUUAUCCCGUCUCGACUUAUCUUGUGUAUUAUCUUGGACUGUUAUUACUCGUGUGAUUCUCUGCUGCCUGCCCCAACCCUCGCUUUGUUUCUGUUUACUCUCCUGGAUUAUCCCUGCUGCUCUUGACGCUGUUGAUUGAUUACUGCCUGUCUAACUCUGCCUUUGAUUCAAAUAAAAGCUGCAAAUGGAUCCAAAUGCCUCUGACUCCACGUUACAGAUUCUUACGACAUAAAAUUAAUGCUGACUGAAUGUGCAAUUUUUUUGUAACACUCAUCUCCCCACACACAAAACACUCAC